AGCUCUUUAGGAGGUGGAAAGGCGCAGGACACGAAAGCGUUCCGAUGGCGAGGCGCUCCAUGUGGUCGUUUUUAGAGAAGGAUUAAAUCUUCUUUUUUUUGUUCUCCCACCAUUUCUCUCUCUCUCUCUCUCCCUCCCUUCCUCUCUCUCUCUCUCUGUCAGUGUUUUCUCUUCCACACUCAUUUUCCACAUAAUGUGGGACGCGCGUUGUGUGCGCGGAGUGCUCCCCUCAGUCGCAGCCGCCUAACUGAAGGGGGAUCCCGGCUCGGUUUUUCCACCUCUGCUCCUUUAGGAUAAAGAGGAGUUUGCAUGAGGCUGGUUUGCAGCGGCAAGCCAUGGGGGGACUUGCCUAAAGAGGAUCCAACAUAAGUCAACCUUUUUCCCGUUUUCUUUUCUCUUCGCCAUUCACCCUGGUAACAUCCUCCAAGAAGUUUCCGUUUCCAUCAUCAUGGCCGAGAAGCUUGGACCGGCGGGGCCUAAACCCAACAACAUCCGAACUGCACCACCGUUGCCUCCCGAGCCCAUCGAGAUCAUCCGGACCAAAGCCCGAUCGCGAAGGGUCCGCCUCAACGUCGGCGGUCUGAACCACGAGGUCUUGUGGCGAACCCUGGAUCGCCUGCCCAGGACCCGGCUCGGCAAGCUACGGGACUGCAACACCCACGAGUCCCUCAUGGAGGUCUGCGACGACUACAGCCUGAACGAGAACGAGUACUUCUUCGACCGGCACCCGGGCGCCUUCACCUCCAUCCUGAACUUCUACCGCACGGGCAAGCUGCACAUGAUGGAGGAGAUGUGCGCCCUCUCGUUUGGCCAGGAGCUGGACUACUGGGGGAUCGACGAGAUCUACCUGGAGUCUUGCUGCCAGGCCCGCUACCACCAGAAAAAGGAGCAGAUGAACGAGGAGCUGCGACGGGAGGCUGAGACCAUGAGGGAGAGGGAGGGAGAGGGAGAGUUCGAUAACACCUGCUGCCCGGAGAAGAGGAGGAAACUGUGGGAUCUCCUGGAGAAGCCCAGCUCCUCCGUGGCUGCCAAGAUUCUGGCCAUCAUAUCAAUCCUUUUUAUUGUCCUGUCCACCAUCGCCUUGUCUCUCAACACCUUGCCAGAGCUCCAGGUCACAGAUGAGUUUGGUCAUGCCAAUGAUAACCCCCAGCUGGCCCAUGUGGAGGCCGUUUGCAUUGCGUGGUUCACUAUGGAGUACCUCCUGCGCUUCCUGUCCUCUCCGAACAAGUGGAAGUUCUUCAAAGGCCCAUUGAAUGUCAUUGAUUUACUGGCCAUCUUGCCCUACUAUGUCACCAUCUUCCUAACAGAGUCCAACAAGAGUGUGCUCCAGUUCCAAAAUGUGCGCCGUGUGGUGCAGAUAUUCAGGAUAAUGAGAAUAUUGAGAAUCCUGAAGUUGGCCCGACACUCUACUGGGCUCCAGUCUCUAGGGUUCACUUUGAGAAGGAGCUACAAUGAACUGGGCUUGCUUAUAUUAUUUCUCGCCAUGGGCAUCAUGAUAUUUUCCAGCUUGGUGUUCUUUGCUGAGAAAGAUGAAGAUGCCACCAAAUUCACAAGUAUCCCCGCUUCCUUCUGGUGGGCCACCAUUACAAUGACCACAGUGGGGUAUGGGGAUAUUUACCCACAGACUUUACUUGGAAAGAUUGUCGGUGGACUCUGCUGUAUUGCAGGGGUGUUAGUCAUUGCCCUACCAAUCCCCAUCAUUGUCAACAACUUCUCAGAGUUUUAUAAGGAGCAGAAGAGGCAAGAGAAAGCCAUUAAGAGGAGGGAGGCAUUGGAGAGAGCCAAGAGAAAUGGCAGCAUUGUAUCAAUGAACCUUAAGGAUGCCUUUGCUCGUAGCAUGGAAAUAUUAGAUGUGGUGGUAGAGAAAGGAGAGGACAAAACUUCCCUAGACAACCACCUCACACCAAGCCGCUCUGGCAGCUCCACCAGGCAUGCCAUUUCUGAGAGCAGUCUCAGAUCUCCAGACAAACGAAACCCAGAGUCAGGGACUCAAGGCUCGCCCCAUCGUAUAGCCAUCGCCGCCCGAAGUCCGCAUCGGAUAAGCAGGACCCCGCAGCACCUCAACGUUCAGAAACUGGAAGAAAUGUACAACCAGAUGACCAAGUCACAAUCCUUCACAAAUCUCAACACCACCAGCUCUAUGAGCACUCUGAGCACAACUAUGACUGCCCCUGGAUCGCCAAAGAAAUCGCUUAGCCCCGACUCAACAUUAAAGGAAGAGGUGCUACUUGAGAUGCGGGAAGUCCGGGAUUAUUCUGCAGAGAAAUUAGCCAGCUGUACAACAGACUGCAUAAACCAGGGCUUCAACCAGGCUGGUGAUGACGAUGGGUUAUACAUGAUCAGACACCCCAGAGCUCCGCCGCUUUUAGAUCUUAGCCACCUGAGCACUACUGGUAACGAUUUUUGUCAAUCUCCCAACCAGUGUGACGAAUUAGAUUUACAUACAGAGGAAGGAGAGAGCUUUAACAGUGCUGUGGACAUGAUCCAAAGCUCCUCGUCGGAAAAUAACUCUCUAAAAAUAAAAGAAUUGAAGGUUAACUUCCGCAAACCCUCCACUGAAGGGCCUCCUACUCCGCCUAGCACCACCUCCCCUGGGGAUAUCAGCUCAAGCAUCCUGGGAGAUGAGUCCCCGGCGGGAGAGACAUCACCACUCAUCCCCAGUUCCAAAGAGCUUCCCCCAGUUAUGGUUGAGGGUACCCGCACCCUCACCCCUAAAAGACUGGUGAUAGACACCCCACCCGGUGAUGAAGAUCAGUCCACGGGCAACCACGAGGAGAAGCAUCUCAUGGAGGAGGCAGGCGCUGCAGUUGCGCCCUUGUCACCCAAAACAGCAGCACAAAAUUGCAGCCAAGGCAGCAACCCAGGUGGACACAAAGUCGAGAACCACAUAUUCACAUCAUCUGACAUCCACCUGAUACCAGGAGAUGGCAGCAUUUCUCCAGCCUGUGAAACAAGCAUGUGAGCAACAGGGGGAAAACUAGACAUAUAACAACCUCAGGCCUGGCCUGUGGGAGAGCAGCAGGAAGAGUCUGGGUGCAGUCUAACUGAAGGAUAUCCUUGCAUGGCAUGACAAGUUCUCUUUUACUUGUGUUGUUGUGUAUUGCUGAAUCAGAAACUGCGGUGCAUCAUGCAGUUUUGAGAAUGACACUGGAGCAAAGAGUUGGCUCAAAGAGAAGGAGAAAAAAAGGCUCCAGGGAUAUGGGGAAUUUAUCAAAUAAUGCCGACACAAGGUCUCCCCAACAUAAAAAAAAUGACUUGAGAGGGAAAUGCACAGACGGACUUAUCUGUACAAAGCAUGCGUUUUAAAAAAAAAAAAAAAGACAGAUAUUUCAUGGUGCUUAGUUUGCUGAAAGCGCUCCACUGUAAAUACAACAACAUGCAAGGAAUUGACAAUGCACAGGAGGGCAGAGGAAGACUGAAGGUACAAACAUUUGUAAUGUGAAAAAGAUGGAUGGGAAGGGAUUGAAUCAACAGCCAUGAGAGUGGGUGUUGGCAUUGUAGCGAUCUAUAUUAAAAAACAAAAAUAAUAAAAAAAACAUAUCAUUACCUGAUGUGGAAAUGCAAAGUGUUCCCAUGAUGAACCCUGUAAUGUUUUUAUUUUUAUUUAUUUUUUUGUGCAAAAUGGUAUUUCAACCUGUAAUACUGACAUUAUUGCUUUGGGUUUUCAUAGCACAUUUUCAACCUUCGGUUUGUCAGCAUCCAGUCCCUGCAUUCAAAACACCUCCGUUCCUCUAAAGCACAUAACACCUAUACUGUGGAUGCCAAAUGUGUAUAUAUUCAAUAAAAACAGGAGCCAUAGAGGAUAGUUUUCAUGCAGUUUCACCACUUAGGGCUAGGUUUCAGAAUCUAUCCAAAUAACUGCUAAGAAUUUCUUUACUCUCUGAUAAAUUAUAUAGAUCUAAAAGUAGACUUAAGAAUUUAUAAAAUAUGACUUUUGUAGGUUUAGGAAUGGCUUUAGAAAACAAAUGCCUAAAGUUGUUAAAUCCCAAUCAAGCAAAAUGUCAAUAACAGAUAAAUGCUUAAUUAUUAUUAGUGAUGCACCAAGAAAUCAGCCGUUGUCUGAAAUGACAAUGUUUUUCAACUCAUUGAUAUUUUUGGAUCAGUGCAUACCUCAUGCUCAUUGCUACUGGGUAACGCUGAAAACAACGACACUAUUUGGUGUUUAAGCUAUAUUUGAAAUACAAUCAAGGUUAGCUGUUUUUGGUAGCAGUAAGGUGAAGUCAAAGGAAGCACAGAGAGCAGGGAAGCUCUUUAAAAGGAAACUAUUGCCUAUGAUAUGUCCAGACAUGUCUGUAGUUCAUUUAGGCUGAAAGAGAGCGAGAGAGAGAAAGACUUCGUUAGAAAAUUAAAGAAAGAUUGAACAGACUACCGCAAAGGAGCUGUUUUAUUUUUCCUGAGCUUUCAAUCUCUGUCUAGCAUCUUAGAUUUACAAAUGUUAGCAGCCUUUUAAAACUCCUACAGUUCCAAUAAAGAUCAGGGAAUACACACAGAGAAUGCUGUUUUAUAAAUGUUAGCUGUGCUAACUGUGCUAGCUAGCAUUCCGCGCUAGCAGAGUAAAAUGUCAUUGCCUCAAUCUUUUUGGAUUUGCUUUGAAAUAAUAAUAAAACCUCGCUUUAUUGCGACUGCUCUCUCCCAUUGCAGUGUGUCGUCGCCUCUGCUUCGAAAUUAAGGAAAUAAUGAGCGACUGCAGCGACAAGGCUAGGAAAAUAUGUUUUGAAUGCUCGUCUUAUAUCUCCUUAUGAUAUCAUAGUUCUUAUAAAGAAAUCAAGAUCGGCUGAAUUCAGUAUGGGAAGGUCAAAAACCACAGAUUGGAAAACAGCCACAUAUUUCUGAGCGUUGCAUCGCUAAAUAUUUGUAUUUAUAAUUCCAAUUUAUAGGAUAUUGACUAUAACAUAAAAUGACAGUAUUCCUCCUAUUACUAAUGGACCAAAUCAAGCACACUUACAGGCUUUUUAUCUAUCUCAGCUGCAUCAUAUUAUCUAUAAAAAAAAAAAAAACUCUUGUUACUAGAGUUGUAUUUGUUUCUUACGGUUCGUUUACCUGGAUUGAGUUCAUUGUCUACCUCCCCUGCAUUCUAAUGUCUCCUGCAAUUUUACCCGAUCUAGCUGAUCGGUUUAUGCCAUUUUUUUUUUUGUCAUAUUAUUUAUUUGUGGUGUUUGGAAUGUGAUUUAUUGUGUGUUUUUCAGUCAAACUUAAACCCAAAGGAGCUUUUCUUCUCUUCUUGUCUCUUGUUUUUUUUUUCUUCUUCUUCUUCUUGCGAUUGUUUUACACUGACUGAAAAUAUAUGUUGUAUAUUGCCUUUGAUCGAGUUUUUUUUUUUUUUUUUUUUUUUUUUUGCUGGAAUCGUAAACAUUGUCUCGGCGUGAUGUCUGUAUGAGUGAGUUGAGCCGCACAAAUCUGAAUUGCAAUGACAGGAAGGAGAUGGAUGAGUCGUUUGUUUUCUUGUGUUAUUUUAUUUUAUUUAUUUAUGGCCACCUUGUCUUUGUUUGUUUAGUUUUUUUCACAGAAAGGUGUGGAAUGUGCAAUACCGCAUACUGCAAACUAUGCAGGCCAAGAAUUGUGGCACUUUAUUUUCUGCCAAUGGGAAUUUGUAAGUGUACAGGCAGAAGUGACUUGUAUUUUUCAAAUGUUAUAUCUUUAAUAUGGGGGUGAAACAGUGUUGCAACUACCAGAAUCUCUCAAAACAUGCAAAUGCAAAUGGGAAUUAAAUGAUUGAUUUCAUAUUAUAUAGAUAAAAUGCUGUCACAAGCACCUUAAUGCCAGGUAUCAAUGCACCUCAAAUUUGAAUAUUUGUGGGUAAAUAGAUCCAAAAUUGACCACCAGGGCCUUUUAUAUAGCUGUUUGAUUAUUAUUAACCUGACCUAAUUUCAGUGGCCACAAGCAGUAUUUUGUGUUUUUUGUGAAUUCAGAAUGAAUCUAUUUUUUCUAAAAACCCAAAAAAAAAAAACUAAACGGAGCACGACCACAAUUUCCUGCCAUACGGUGGUUGAAAUGAUGCCCGCCUUUUCAUAACACCGCUUUUUAUGAGAAGGCAGCAAGUCAUUUUGCUUUGUUCAUAUAGCACUGUACAGAAAACUCUAAUUUUAUAGGAGAAAUCAGGUCUUUAUGUAACAGAUACAAGUAAUGUUAUUGAGUUCUCAGGUUUUCUAUAAAUCUCUGAUGUUCUCAUUGGAUAAAUGAUUUGUUCUUUGUGUUGAUUUCUUUUCUUUUCUUUUGAACAACUAAUGUCAAACUCUCUAUAUCUGUACUUUUUCAAAGCUGUUGUCAAAUUCAUGUCGAUUUCCUGGCUCAUUUGUUAUGGAGCCGCAAUAUGUAUCCCCCUUCAUGGAUAAAUGUGUGCAGCACAUUCAGUCUUCACCUCCAUUAGUCUCCAGUGAUGAGCAAAGGAGUCACUAUGGGAGAGGCCAAAGCUGAUCCAUCUGUAUGACUGCAGUGCCCUGCAAAAGUGUUGGAACCUUUUGAGCUCUUCCAACAUUUUGUCAUGUUACAACUUUAAGCUUCGCUGUAUUUUAUGAGGACUUUAUGCGAUUGGUCACAAAGUAUAAUUCUGAAGUGGAAGGAAAAAGAUGGAUGUUUUCACAAUUUUUUACAAAAAGAAAAUCUAAAAACUGAACAGCGUUUAAUUCCCCUUUGGGUUUAAUAAAGUAUUUUUGAAUCAAAUCGAAUUGAAGAGUAUUUUUGGAGUAAUUUCUAAUUAGUCCCCUUUGCUCUGAGACCCCUAAAUAAAGGGCAGCAAACCAUCUUCAGAAGAUGCCUGAUUAUUAAAUACAGUCCAGCUGUGCGUAACUCAAACUCAGCAUAACUCCAGCUGUUCUAGGAAGGCGUCAGAGAUCUGCUGGAGAACAUUAGCAAACAAACAGCAUCAUGAAGACAAAGGAACAAUGCAGAUGGGUCAGGUAUAGAGAUGUCAAGAAGUUUAGAGCAGAGUUGGGUUAUGGUCAUGGAGCACUAUUCAAUCCAUUGUUAUAAAGCAAGGAUAUGGUACAAGUGCAAACCUACCAAGACACAUUCAUGCAGGGAGACCAGUAAUCAGAAAAAAAUGUGUCCAUAAUGUUUCCUUCCACCAACCAUUAUGACACACUUUGUGUUGCUCUAUUACAUUAAAUCCCAAUAAAAGGCAUUGCAGUUUGUGGUUGUAAUGUGCCAAACUGAGGAAAAGUUCUGGGUGUCUGAAUACUCUUGCAGUGCACUGAACAAUCUCUACUGCUCCGGUCUCCAUAGCUUUACAGACCUUAGCCACCGGAGCGUGACUCAGCAAAGGCAAUCAUUGGGUUAAAGGACCGCCGUGAGUUAAAGGAAGCUAAAGAGUCCUGUCAAAUGUCUUGCACCGCGUCAGUCAUUUAUUCGGGAGUCCAUGUUUCUUCUGUGUACAACCUGUAUGCGCAACGUAGCAUAAUCUGACUCAGUAUUCAGAGAAUCGCGAGACCUCAUGGAGUCAUCUUUGUGAAAUGACCGAUGCAUCAUUGGAAACUUGGAUGUUUCUGGUUCCCUCCAAUGUUAAUUCCAGGGUCAGUUUUUGGUUGUUUCCUUUCUUUCUUUUUUUAUGAAUGAAGGUAGAAUGAUUGAAGCUUUUGAUUUAUGUACCUAUACUCAGUUUUACCCUUCAUCCCUUGUUCGUGGUAAUCAUGUGUCUGUAUUAGCCCUGAAUGAUUCUUCAUCAUGGCAGAUAGAGUAGAGAAACAAAUAGGGUUGGAUUGAUCACCUAUAUCCCAGUGGGACAAAAUUUGUGUGGAAAGGAAUUUUGCAGACUGAAAGCAAAAAGACCAUACUCUGUCUUACCGUCUCAUAACAACACAUUGUUCUGUGAUGCUAUACAGAGUGGGAAUGAUGUCUUUAUUUUCUCUGAGAGAAUGUUUAUUGUCUGUGUCGCUCAUUUGUGCUUACCAAACCGUUAUCCUCACACAAACAUGCAUAAAGCAACGUUGUUUGUUCUUAUGUAUCUGUAUAUUCUGCCUCUAGCAUUUGUUUUUGUUUUUUUUUUUUCCUUUUUUUCUCCUCCAUUCAGCUUUGAGACGACAUUACCAUUAGACAUAUUCUGAGCUACAGACUGUUUCUGUACAAAGUGACAUCUUUGUAUGCAUGUUGUAGUCCGAGCAAGUAUGUGACCAUAGAACAGUUCGUUAUGGUACACGUUUGUUAACAUUUCUGUAGAGCAUUGUUCCCCAUUACAUCUACUAGCAUUAUGCAGAAUAACAAAUAAAUGUGUAUAUAACUUA